UGGGGAGAUAAAGGAAUAUUUCAUAUGACAGGCCUCAUUAGUUGAACCUGAGACCACUGAAAUCUGAGUUCCAAGGACCUUUUUUGCAGCCGUGAUGUCAAGACAGGCGACAGGCGAAAGGAUCAUAAAUAAAUCUGGAGUAUCUGGGCAGCCGUGCAAGAGCCAAGCACUGCACUGCGAGCAACCUAUAAAGUCCUAAUAAGCGCUUCCGAGGUGGUUUACAGUUGACAGAGCUCAUAAUGUAACGUAGGUACUCCAACUGACAGGUCUUUUACAGUUAGUUGUUACCCUCGCUGUGAACACCACCGCUGAGCUGAGCACCGAGGCACACCGACAAAAGCAAAGCACAAGUUUGCCACUAGCUAGCUAGCCAGUACUCGAGUAGCUAACAAUUGGGCUGCCUACUAGCUAGUAGAAGCAAAAUAGUCAAGAGGUUGUAAGCUGGCAGUGGCACAGCAUUGCUGCAUAGGCAUACUAAUGAGCGGAGAGGAGGCCAAACCUCCCUUGAUGGGAGCUGGGGGGUCUGAUCAGGACGAUGAUGACCGGAAACCUGCUGCUCUUCCUCCUCCUGCGGCUGCAGCCGCGAAACGGUCUGCUUCUGCGAUGGAAAGAGACUCGGACAGUUCUAGUGGCAGUGAGGAAGGUCAGGUCUCCGCGAAGGAGAAGCACAAGAAGAAGCAGAUGCGGAGAUCCAGCGGUGAAGCCACUCAAGCUUCUGCACCCUCGGCGAAGUCGCCAUCCUCGGCUAUCUCUUUGCAAGAGAAGUGGGAUGAAAUGUUCAAUCGGUUGGUCAAGUUUAAGGAACGAAAUGGCCAUUGUUUGGUUCCAAACCGGUUCAAACAAGAUCCGUCACUGGGCUCUUGGGUUGCCACACAGCGCCGGACCUACAAGAUACUCACCGGGGGCGGCGGGGCAUCCAGCGGUAUGAAUGUGGAACGAGCAGCGAGACUCAGCAGUAUCGGUUUCGAGUGGUCGACGACGGAUCCUCGGCAUGUGCCUUGGGAAGAACGAUAUGAGGAGCUGAAGUCUUUCGUUGCCGCCAACGGUCACGCUGAAGUUCCAAUGCGAUGGGAGGAAAAUGUUCAGUUGAGCAAUUGGGUUUCGAAACAGCGGCAAGACUACAAGCUUCUUCAACUGGGAAAGACGUCACGGUUGACGGAGCGGCGGAGAAGGUUGCUCAAUGAAGUUGGUUUCGUCUGGGAAAUAUCGAGAAAGGGACGUCGAUUGAGAACUGCCCGCCCACCUCAAAAAGAAUCCACGGCAACUUCGACCGGGACCGAAGAGGAUGGAGAGCCAAGCUCUCCCUCGGCACGUGAGCCUCAGGUGGUAGCACCGUCUACGGAUGGAAACGAUGGGGGCAACCCAUCCGCGUCAAAUCCAUCUGGGACCCAGGAUGCCGCUGCCGUUUCCUCGGAAUCUGCAGUACCGCGCCUUUCUGAAUUGUUGAGAGCAACGGCGCCUGCUCCAAACAUGGGAGGCGGUGCGGCUAGCACCGGCGCUGCAGCGCGGGUGACGAAUUCAGAUUCUUUUUCGCAGCUCUUGCAAAACAUCCUGCCGCAGCAAAUUGACCUCCCCCCAGGGGUGCUGUCGCAGCUUCAACAGCCCGGUAUCUUGAAUCAGUUGGCAUCGCUUCAAAACCCGACACAUCCAAAUACGGCGUUGAUGGAAGCUAUCCUCCGUCAGCGGCAGCUUCCUGCGUUGCAACCAACAAUUCCUGGUACCAACUUGCAGGCAAUCCUUGGGACUCGGGGACAACAACAAGGGAUGUGGCAAGCAUCGUCCAGUAACCCAGGCCAGCUGGCAGCAGCACAAUUACGAGCAAGUCAGCUGUUACUAGCCGGCGGUGGGUUGCCGCAACUGCAGGGGUUACCGCAGCUGCAGCAGUUGCAGCAAAGCGCGAUACGGUCAGGAGUGCCUAUGCAGCCGGCGUUGGUUAUGGUGCCAGUGCAGAUGGGCCAAGGCAACACGCGUCUUCCGCUGCAACAGAAUGCGAUCUCGCAACAACAAGCGUCUCUUUUGGCUGGGGCGCAGCAGCAACAACAACUGCAAAACUUGCUAGCACGGGGGCAACAAGCACUGCCAAGUAGAAGAGUGCUGGAUCCAGUUGGGCUUGAGACACAACAGGGACGGCAAGCUCCACCCGGACCACAGGAACAGAACCAAGGGGGAGAAAGCAAAACGGAGACCUCCGCUGCCCGGCAGGACCCAGAUGGCCAUACCGCGGACUGAUGUGCAGUAGC